AUGACUAGUGAAACUAAAUUCGUCACCGCUGUAUACUACAGCAAUUUUGACAACAGCAGAUUCGUCUGCAUCAGAAUCAAGCAAUUCAAUGAUGGUCAUUUCCAACUCCUCGACAGAAACGACUACUUUCAACCUGAGGCAAUCCUCGACGAGCAUGCCAUCUGGAUGAAUCGCAAGUAUAAAAAGCCGGCGAAAUUUCUCGUGCUGUAUGACCGUCGUGAGCACAACGAUGGGACUAACAAAUGCCCUUACAUGGUCUUGAAAGUUGGCAAAAACGACCUGCUCGAGGACAUGACCAUUGAUCAUAAAGCAAUUCUUGUUGAUGGCUCAUUCAACGUCACCAGAAUCGAGUUUGUCGCCUCGGCUAAGUUUGUCAGGCCAUCAUUACUAGACUGUGGAGAGGCAUGGGAGAGGUACUGCUAUCCUCAGAGAGGUCUCAGACCAGUUUUGCUCUACAAGAAAACCGGGUCUGUGAGACCGUGGGAACUGGGUUGGGUCGGGAGUGCACUCUGA